AUGAUGCACAGAAAACAACAAAAUAAACAGUUGCAACAGGAGUUGGAAGAUCUUCGACACCAUCUGUCGGAGAAGUCUCGGACCCAAUCGAGAAGCUCCGAAGUAUCACAAGACCAAAACCCGUGCCAUGGAUUGGUCGGAUACACAUCAGCAGAAAGAGGGUACACAUGUGGAGUUUUGGGGCAGGGUUCUCCAGCGGAAGUUGGCGAGGCCGCGUUGAAAAUUCAACGGAAGUGUGACGAAGUUGAACGGAAGACACGCCGACAGGUAGCCUUACAAGAGCAAUAUGUAGUGUUUCAAACCAACGAGAGGACGUCACAAAACAAGAAGCGAGCACAAGUACUCGAACGGAAGAGGAGAUUGCUUGAACAAGAUCCCGAUCUUCUUGAGCCAUCCGAAGAUGAUGAGUACACUUUAGAAGAUGGAGCAGCUACCCAAGUCCAACGCAUUACGCGUGGUGUCCAAGGUCGUACACGCGUGAGAAAACUCCGCCCCGUUCUCAACUACGCUGCCACCAAGAUCCAGGGCAUCAUACGUGGCCGCCUUGGCCGGUCGCGAGUUGGGCUUAAGAUAGUCGACAAGCGAGCUGUUACUAAUAUUCAGCGUGUAUGGCGCGGUCACCUCGGUCGCUUUGCUUCUAUCUCCGACCGCCGGAAGCUGGAGAGAACGAUGGCUGCGCGGUCCAUUCAGAAGAUAGCUAGAGGGCGUAGCGGCCGGCGACGAGUUGACCACAAACGAGGUCUGCGGCAGAGUGCCAGCAGAGGAUCAGAAGUGGUGGGGGUUAAACAGCUAUUUCACCAAGACAUCGUCGAGCUUGCCGACGCAGUGGAGUCGCUCCUUGUGAAGGACAGUGCAGCUGCAUUCCCUGGCAUCGUCCUCGGGCUUUUGAAAGUGGUCGCGCUAAUGCUCGAGGAGGACGCCGAAUCGGGAGCAACAACCCGGUACAAUGCGUUAGGCGUGAAAUCAGUGAAUAAUUUGCGCCCAGCAGUACAGUUUUCAUGGCGUGACGCACUCGUUCUUCUCCGCAGGUCCUGCAAGCUCCUUCGUCGCUUACGCCAAAUAGCAGAGGGGCCUUCAAAUAGACGACCACGAAUGGUGUACUUUUCUCAGGCGGCAGUGCAGGUGUACGCUGCCCUUCGAUGCGAUCAGGGGUGGAACGUAUCGAAGAUAGGUCUCGUUGGCCGUGGGGCCAAAGCCUGCCAGCAUCUUAUGAUGUGGGUCGAUGCACUGCAGGAGGUGUUCGCGUAUCAAAGGGAGUUUCCUGAUGAAAUUGGCAGCGACCGCAUGCCCUGGGUGGCACGUGCUCAACAAAGUGUACGUGGUAUGCGCCAUCUGGAGCUCUCGCGCAUGGUAUGGGAACACGCUAUCACGUGCGUGCAGCAGGUUCUCCUUGAAUCGGGUGAGACGGCGCCAAAACCAAAGGCUAUCUCCUCGAGGAUGAGGGGAAACCUCCGCCUACGCGUGGCGGAGCGUGCUUUGAAAACGCUUAAGUCGCACGAAGAAUGCGCAAGAGAUGCCCUUUCCAAGACGAGACAAGAAGAAGAGGAUGCCCAGAGAAACGACAAGGCUCGUGAGCAACUAAGGGAGGACACGCUUGUCGAUGACCUCAAUCGUACUGAAAAGAGUUUGGCAGAAAGCCUGAUCCGACUUGAAGAAGCAAAAACAGCAGCUCGAGAUGGGAUCGAAACUGACCAGGUUCACCUACAGCUUUGUCUUGAUGAGCUAACCACAUGUGAGGUGGUUCGUCGAGAGCGUUGGGCUUCCGUGGAGAUGUUCCGAACACAGAGAAGGCGUAACUCCAAACGCAGAGGUGUAGAUGUGGAGGUGUGGGGAGAUCUCCGACAUCAAGUGCGUGUGGUGGGCGAGUUAGAGGCCGCGUCUACUUUGGCCAGUGAAGAUCUGAGCGAAUACGACCCGGACAGAGGGGCUACAUCCGCAGGUUCUCGCAAUCACGAUCUGGAGUUGCUCCAGGCAAGGACGAAAGAGGCACAGUCGGCGGCGGCCACAGCACGAACACGACUAGGUUGUAUGGCAGAGGAGCAAGAAAACGCCAACGCGCUCGCCAACGAAGCCGAGCUUCAGAAGGAGGAGACGGUCCUGCCUCACGAGUGGGACGACCCAUCUGAAGAAGAGCGGGAGGAAGAUCUUCGAGAAGACGAGCAAUGCGCGAGAUACGAAGCACAGGCAGCAACCCAGUUUGUACCACCCGCGACGAUUGUUCGACCCUUCCAACGUCCACGCCCCAUAGUCAUCUGCUUGAGUCGAGACUUGCCGGGAUCAGCGAAAACGAAACUCGUACAACAACUUGAAAGCGAUCUUCCAGGUUUAACAGUCCACAUGGAUGAGGAAAGGAACAUGGGUCUUCAUGUUGGUGACCUACAGCGAGCUCUGUCGAUCAGGUGUAGCGUAGUGUGCAACGUGGACAUGGGUAUCGGUAAACGAUGCAGGAGAGCGUUUCUGCACAAGUUGGCUAUCGCCAAAGACGCGCUCAUCCCGGCGCCAAAAUUCGUUUUGGUGGUUGGCGAUAGCAAAAAUCGUGCCGGAGGACCGCUCGACGGCUCCGUUGGGUGCAACGACCGUGACUUGUCUGUGAUGGGAGAUGGAGAAAUGAAAAGGAGGCUCGAAAUCGUAGCUCGUAUAAUCAAAGAAUUCCAGGAUUCCACCUUCAUGGAGGCCAUGGCGAAAAUGGGACAGGCCGUCACCCCACCGUCGCAGUCCCACAUGCUUGUGAUGGAGGCGUUGAUAAUUCUGCUUUCUCCAGAAACAGUGUUUCACAACCAUAUCCCUUUGUCAUCUCUGAGGGGAGUAACGUGGACGGAGGCUCGGCACAUCUUAGGGAACCCUGACAAGCUGUGCGCUGCGAUUGCACGGGUAGAUUCUUUCAGUAUCCCUCCGGCGAACCUUUCUACGCUGCAGGCAUACAUUGGACAUGACGGAUGGCCUCGCAAAGCUUGCGCACCAGGCAGUGAUGGCGGUGUCCUAGACGUCCUGGCGGCCUGGUCGUGCUCAACAAUAGAGUUUGCUGCCCUCCUCACCAACGCCGGAGGACGUCCAAAGGCUCUAUGCCACUAUUCUACAGCCCCUGUUGGCUUGUUGGCAGCCGUGGUGCCGAUGUAUGACGCGAAUAUCUGCACCCAGCGGGACCGCAACGUCCAUUUCAAACGAGGGUGGAGGGCCGCCUAUUACCAGACUGUGACUGCUGUCCUGGAGGAUGUGCGGGUUUUCCGAGUGGCCAGGCGUAUUCGAGGUUCUUCUCGUGCGGGUGUUCACGUCAUCGAGAUCUACCAGGAAUGCGGGCGGCUGUUUUUCCACACCUACGAUCCAGAAUCCUGUGUCAGCAACUUUUGCGUCAUUGAGGAGAGCAAGGUUAGCCAUCUUCUGGCCCCUGCCUUGGAUCAACCACCCGAGUUCGGACCGAGCACCGUGCCUUGCGAUCGGCAAGACAUGUUUACGCGCCUCGCAACCCUUCUCAGCUUCGAGGCCGCUCCGUUAAAUACGGUGUGUUGGGGUGUGCCGCACUUGGUGUGUCAGCGGCGCCUCCGAUGUCUUCUUCGCGAUACUCGAUUGAUAUCUGGAUAUCGUGCCCAAGUUACCGUGUACGAGGAGGCGAAAGGCGAGCUUCGGUAUUGCCUCUAUCUUGCAGACCAUGCGGCAAGGAUCCAGCUCAAAGUGGACGCAAGGUUACUAGAGAAGGUGCUUCAAGACAGCAGCGACGUGACAGGAGAGCGGCAAGCGAUCACGAGCGAAGACACUGGUCGCCUUCUUGUUCCGGUUACUGAUCGACUCGUCAUAUCGCCGUCACGAGCAGCUGUUGUCACCAUGGGUGCAGGAUGUGGUGGCAAGAAGAUGACAUCGUCCAGUCAAGGUUUCGUCCUUAAAAUCCGCUGCAAGGAUGAGCCUCAGGUGGAUCCUAUUCGUUCUGUCAGUGGUGGGACUGCACCUAUAUGCUUGGCGCGAAGUGGCGAACGCAACAUCUUUCACGGAGCAAUUUCGAUACGAAAAAAUGACUGGGAAGAGCAUCAACCAGUGUGUGAUACGGUGGUGACCGUCUUCUCAUCUUCUGCUGUCGACGAUGAAUCGUGCCUGCGUGCGGCGGUGUACUACUCGAAACUUGGGGCGUAUGCGGAAGUAUCGAUCAAAGGUUUCGAAGAUCUUCGCCAGGUUGUUGGAGCGCUGAACCAAUCGCUCGCACACGAGUGGAGGCGUCAACCAGAGGGCGACGGAACGGCUGAAGCUCUGUUUAAUUUCAUAUUUCACGAACGCGCCAUGAUCGUGGUCGGGAAAUGGAAUGGUGACUGCGAUGGGUAUGUUGAGAAUGGCAGGGACUUCACGGUAGUACUGAAGCGAAGCAGACUGUACAAUUCCUUCAAGCAAACACCCGUCCACCUUUCCGGGGAGAAAGAUGCUCAGGCCAACGCCAAUCGGCUCAUCGAUGGCGCCGACCGACGUGGAAAAAAGCUUGUUGCUGUGGCACAGCCUGAUGCCGUUCUUGAGCUCGGUGGCGGACAGCAUUCACCCUGGAUGGCCAGAGAUAAACGCGAGGUUUUGGCCGGCAUCAUCGCACGGGCCCUCCGCCUCAAGGUCGCCCACGACGGUUCUCCAACCCUCGUGGUGCCAUGGUCCGGUGAGAACCUGGCGAUUGUGGAUGAGGUUCAACCUGGAGAAACGACCAGACCUCGAAGGGAUAAGGUUCUGAAGUUCGCGAAGCGGAAGGGCCUUUCAAAGCUGGAAGUGUUUUCCACUCGGGUAACGGAUUUCGAGGCAGCCAGCCUUUCGGUGUAUUCAUAUUAG